UAAUUAAUAUUAAGAAUUUUAUUUAUUUAGUCUUCAUCUUUUGUUGAAGCCAAUUUGAAAAUGAUGAUGAUACCAUAGAGGGAAUUGAAAUUUGAGGUAUAAAGGAAGCAUAAGAGAAUGAAGAGAGGAUAGGUUUAAAAAAGAUAUCCAUCCUCUUUUGUUAAUUUAUUUUGGAAGAAGAAAAAAAAAAAAAAGGUGAAAAUGGUGGGGAUGAUGAAUUCAAGAAUGAUGGAAGAUGUGGUUGUAAUUGGCGGGUUGAUUGGUGUACAAUUUGUUUAUGCUGGAAAUGCUAUGCUCUUGAAGUAUCUUAUGUCUUUAGGUCUCCAAUCUUUUACCAUUGUCAUUUACACUUCUUUUGCUACAUUUCUUCUUCUCCUACCCUUUGUCUUGUAUUUUGAAAGGAGUAAAUGGCCUAAGAAGUUCACUUUCAAGUUGAUUGUUCAAUUUUUGCUCCUUGCUUUUGGAGGUGUAACUCUGUUCCAAUCUUUAUUCCUGAAAGGAAUCAAUCUAACAUCAGCAGCAAUGGGAACAGCCAUGCCAAACCUUGCCCCAGGAUUUAUCUUCAUCAUCGCGUGGCUUUUUCGGUUGGAAAAAGUGGACUUAAGUUGCACAUAUAGUAGAGUAAAAAUUAUGGGCACAUUGCUUUGUGUCUUAGGGGCUUUCACAAUGAGCUUAAUGCAAAGUAUCUCAACUCCUCUACCAAUUGAAGAGUUAACAGUUGAAUUAACAACUCCAUCACCACCAUUUGUAAUGUUUGACAGAAACAAGAUAAUUGGUUGCCUCUAUCUCUUAGUUUCAAUCCUUGUUCUGUCAGGCACCGUUGUUCUACAGGCUUUUACACUAGGAGAAUUUCCUGCACCAAUGUCUGUGUGUGCAAUAACAUCAAUUUUUGGAGGAUUCAUCACUUCAGCUGCUCAAUUAAUUGAAUUUCAUGAAAUCAAAACUGGUUGGCCACUAGUUAGUGUUGGUGACAUGAUUGGCUAUUCUAUUCUGUCAGGUGCAGUGACUGGAAUAUCCCUAAGCUUUAGUGGUUGGGCACUUGAGAAAAGAGGACCAGUGUUGGUAUCCAUGUUCAGCCCUGUUGGCACAGUUUGCUCAAUCAUUUUCUCUAUUGUUACUCAAGGAGACAGUACCGUUAAUAUUGGAAGCAUAGCGGGUAUGUUCCUCAUGUUCACAGGGCUCUACUUUGUGCUUUGGGCCAAAGGGAAAGAAGAUGGCUUAGAGAGUACAAAACAGGUGGAACUCAAGGAAAAGAAUUUUGUUGCAUAGCAUAAAUAUUUUGAGGGAGAGAAGAAGGAAAAGUUGAGGGAGAGAAUGUAACUCAAGGAAACGAAUUAUGAAGAAAAAUAAGAGGAAGAAACAGUAAUAUUUUGUUCCCAUGAUAAAAAAUUAUCUGGAACAAUUUUUUUUGGUCAUAUACUACAUAUUUUCCGAUGGAC